AAAAAAAAAACCAAAUCACGGAAGAGAUUCUGUAGUCCUACUAGUUUGGCAAGUUCUCUGGGCGCAAAGCAGCGUAGAAAGGCGGAGGAGAGGGCAGAAACUCCCAAUUUGUGCACAUUUUUACACUGCUCUUGUCCCGCAGACGGUAUACGAGAGAGGAGACAUGGAGGCUGCUAUUCAGACCCUGGUGAAGGUCUUCCUGCAAUCAUCCAAGAAAAAGGAGAGUCUGGGAAAGAAAGAAUUCCAGUCUCUCGUCAAGUCCCAGCUCAGCAACAUCAUGUCGGGCACAGACAGCAAGGAGGCGGUCAGCAACAUGGGUCAGGAACUGGAUGCAAACCAAGACGGCAAGGUUGGCUUCGAUGAGUACAUGAAGCUGAUUGGCUACCUGGCAGUGUCGUACAGCGAGCAGCAUGUCCUCAAUAACGAGAACUGUGCUCAAAAGGCUGCUUCUGGACAAGUGGCCCAAAGUGUUCCUGACAAAGAGGAGGUGAAACCAGAGGCAAAUGCAGAGGCAAAGGAGGAAGCCAAACCAGAAGCAAAUGAAGAGCCGAAGGCCGAGUCCUCUGCUGAAGUAAAAGUGGAAACAAAUGCAGAUGCAAAGGCAGAAAUAAAGGAAGAGGGAGAGACGCAGCCCGACGUCGCACAAGAGGAGCCGGCAGCGGCGCCGGCGGUGGAGGUGACGGCAGCGGCGACGGAGGUGGCGGCAGUGACAGUGGAAGUGGCGACGAAAGAAGAAGUGGUGGAGAUAACCGAAAAGGUGGAGGAAGCUGCUGAGAAGGUGGCUGCAGCUGUGGAGGAAGAGGUGGAGAAGAAGACAGAGGAGGCAACCUCAUAGGGGACAAUCCAUUCCUUCACACAGAAACGACACACUACACUUACAUUAAACACUAUACAAUCAAUAGAAAUACCAGAAGCAAUUUUGUAAGCCACUAAAGAGUUUGUUUUUUUUAAUUAAAAACACAUAAAGUUGAUAUACACAAUAUAGGUGAAAGUUCAAACACUACAAACCCAGCUCUGAAGAAAGCCCAUUCCUUACACAUGACGAAUAAUACGUGUACAUGACAAUAGAAUUACUACUUUAUAGUGCUAGUUACCACUAUGUUCAUAUGUACAGCAUGUGCAUCCCACUAUAUAGCACAUUUACCUCAUCACGAUAACACACUAUGAUUGCAUGCAGACACACACACAGUCAUGUGCAUGCCAGACCCCUGUGAAAACUUCACUGAAAAGUACGAUGUCCUUGCACACGCUGCAUUUUAACCACUACACCACUGCAGACAAGGCGUCUAGUUUAAAUCAUGUCCUCAUCUCACUUGUAAUCCUAAUCUGGGGCUCUUCUUCCACGUUUGCGACACACAGCCUUGCAUAUUUCUAAUGGCUUGAACAUAGUUUGACAUUUAGGGGCAUAUUCGGAUGAGCUUUCUUGCCAAAAAUCCGUAAAGAGGCAAACUACAACCACUCUGGGCUACAGCCAUGUUGCGUUACCUGCGCUAGCAUGAAGACUGCUACUCUCGCUCUGUCCAGCAUGAACGCAAAGCUCCUUCCAGCACCUUUUUAAAGCACAUGUGUGGUUUCUGUGCGGUUUGUUUUAGUCUAUAUUUCUGCUUUUCUACAAAUGAAACAAAAAUAUUUUCUACAGUAUUGUGAGUUCAAGAGCUGCAGAUCUCGUUUUCCCCGAGACAGAGCCAGAGUAGCAGUCUUUACGCUAAGCUAAGCUAACUGGCCACUUUUGAAGAAGAGGAGUUUCAAUCCUCUCAGGUGACACUUGGCAAGAAAGCAAAUUCAUGGGAAUCCCCAAAUCUUGAGCUAUUCCCACUAUGAAUGAAAAUGAUCUGUCAAUAACACAUUUUUUUUUAACAUUCUCAUCUUUUAACUGGCAGUGCUGUGGAGCUGAUUUGGCAUGACAAUAAACAUAUUGUUUUGCUAAAGCCUUGUAUUCAGCUCAUUGUAAUUGUGUACUCAAUGCCCCAUCACACCCACUUCUCUCUUUUAUUUUGCUUCACGGGCUCUCUGUCUCUUUCUUCUUCUUUUUUUCCCCUCGUUUUCCUUGUAAUUCCCAGCGAGGUUUGCGUCAUAUAUUCUCUGCACUUGUUGUCAGCCAUGGAAUUGGAACUGGAAGAUCAGGCGUGGCCGCAGCUAAAUAAUUAAGGUUUAAGAAUGGAACCCACACCUAAGGACCCUUGAGGUCAAAGGGAGCCUAAAAUAGUCCUAUGGGAGCGAAAUGGUCACCAAAGGAGCAAGUCAGAGAAGGUGUCCGUGCAACCUAAUCCACCUUGAUUAGCACUGGUAGACAACACCAAGAGUUAAAGAAACACGUAACAGGUGGUGGUGGCACGUUUUGUCUAAAAUACUCUGGGGUAUAGUUAGUGCAUAUGGUGUUGUGUUUUUGCAAACCAUGCUAUUAAAAUGGUCAGUUUCUACUUACUGACCUACAAAGGUGCUGGACUGUAGAGGUGCGUUGGAGUGUUUUUUUGCGUGGUGUUUUCUGUUGGUUGUAGCACCAGUUGCUCAAGCUUGUUUUUUUGUCAGUUGCAUUGUGACACAAUGUGGAGAAGCAUUGGGAAACUACUGGAUUAGGCAUUUCACGGCCAACGCGCCCUGAGACACGAGCAAUUACAUGAAAAAUAAUCCUGGCCUCCACCGAUACUCCCCAUUGGACAAGGUGUUAGUGUCAGAGUACUGAGCCAUCCAUAUGAUUCUAUGUGGUGUUAUCUGUUUUACAACAGGCUAAUAAUUACAUGUUGCAUGCUAUUGGAAAUGUAUUUGCUCAUAUUACCAUUGUAUUACCUUAACUGUGGCCAUUAUUUAAGUUCUACAUGGCCUCUUUAUAUAUACCUACUUUUAACCUAAUCCCUUGUUGUUUGGACCACUAUGGAGAUCACUUGAAACAUUGUCCUUUGUCACAUUACCGCAGUUUGUUAAUUACAAUUUAAUGAUUUGCAAAUUGUCUCAUCAUCAAUAAUGCAGCCAUGAGAAAAAGGCUUGUGUUGCAGGAUUAUAUCAUAGGUCCACCUGGCCGCCGGCGUAGUGCCUAAGGCGGACCCCUGCACCAUUCUGGCACGCUUUCAAAAUGCACACCUCAUGCACUGUAACUGCACCAGGUAUUUCAAACUGCUCGGCAACAAAAUGGUCAGCGCAAAUAAACUGAGUCAUGUUGGUUAUCCUGCUUCACCGCGACACUCCCAUUGCAAAUAGACUCUGCUCAGACUUCACACUCACUCGUAUACAGUCGUGUGCUGUGUUUCCUGCAUGAUCUUACAACUACUAACAAGACAUUUCUGGCAAUUUAGACUCUACUAUUAGUUCUUGUAUCAACACCUAUAUAGUUUUUACAUAAAAAUAUGUUCUAAAUAUGGUACUUCCUGUGAACAAUGGAAACAUAUCACUCUUGCACCAUCUACAGCCCGUUUCAUGUUCAUUGCAUCUUUUAGCCAUUCAUACCAUACAUAUAUACAGUAUAUAUAUACAUUAUAUACACUUGUUGUAUAUAGACACUCUGCCAAACUACAUACCAUCUGCACUCUUUCCCAUUGGCCAGGUGCGUUUGUGUGUUCUUUCUUUGCUCUCACUUGUCAUAAAACAAAUGAUGCUAAGUAGAAACUGGAUCAAAGCUAAAUUCACUUUGCUGAUUUGUUGAAAUAACUUGAUUUGCACUCGCAGCAGACCUGGGCUUGACAUCAUCUGGAAUUGUUGUAUCUCAGCCAGCUAAUGUUUUCUUUUAAUCAGCUUGGAAAAGCAGAUGGACGGAGCGAAGCAUGAGCAUUUCUCUCAGAGAGGCUCAACUGUCUGUAUUGGCAGUUUUUUUCAUUUACUGUCCCAUAGAGAAAACCCCACCCAGCCUUAACUCCGUCUAGAUUAAAAACAUGUUGUAACCAAGCACAGCAGAUUUGCAGCAGGGAGUGUUUGCAGCCAGAUUUUCAUCAUCACACACAAAAAAAGUCUCAUUCAGUGAGACACAGUAGAUGAAUAUAAAAGAAUCCACCCAGUGGGUUUAAUAAGUGUGAAUACAAGAAUAUGGAUGUGCUCUUAAGGCUCAUUUGGUUAUUUGUGAUUAUGAGACCAUUCCCAGGACAUUGUGCAGGCUUUAAUCUUUGUACAUUGAUGUGCUCUUUUGUUUUUUAUAUCCUGCCAAUUACUAGAGGGUGUGUGUGUGUGUGUGUGUGUGUUUAGCAGUUGGACUCAUUUCAGUCCACUUGUCAAUUCCAGCAAACUCCACUAUGCAAAUAUUUCAACUUCAUAUGUAACGCUGUAUCAUUUUUGCUUAUUCUAUGUAACAUGUAAUGGCUAAUAUUAAAUAAAACUGUGAAGAUAA